UAUAAAAUGGUCACCUGAGGAAGAACCGAAAGGAUAUGUGAGGAAUUUGGAUGUGGAGCUGCAUGGUCACGCACACAGCGCUGGGCAGAAAAUGAGCAGUCUAUGCAGGUUGAACUUGGUUUUCGUCCUGUGGGUCUCCAUGACAUUGGUGUGCUCGGGUUUCCCAGUUGGCCCUUCCAUGAGCACCAACCCGUUGUACCUGAGCUGCCAGCUGUCCGGGAGAUGGGAUUCGUGCCUGGUGCUGCUGAGCAGCUGCCUGUCCAGGCUGGGCAGGGGGGAGCAGCUGCCCCCUCUCCACAAAAGGUCCUUCCGCAACGGCGUCGGAGCGGGAAUUAAAAAAACUUCCUUCCGAAGGGCAAAGUCCUGAGCAAGUGUCCCAAAGCCCGGCCCUGGUUUUGACAUCUCAUGUCCCAGUCGUUGCUUUGAGUUCCUUUUGGUGUUUUUCUCUGGCCAAGCCACCUCUGACAGGGUCCCCAAGACGGGAGCGCUCGGGAAGGGCUUUGCUCCCAAAGUCACACUGCCAUCAAGUUUUGUCUCGAAAUGAGUGCUCUCAUUUGCUUCAUUUCCCUCCUUUGUCAGGCUACAUACAGGUUUUAAUUCUGCUCUUUGAUUCACACAAAGAUAAUCCCGUGCUUUGAGGAGAUGCGUGCGCGCAGCCUGCGGGGAGGAUGGAGUAUUCCCAAAAUCCCUCCUCUCUGCCAGGCACAGGCAUUCCUGUGCUUUCCCAUCCCAAAUCACAUUGACUUGAAGGCAACUGGUA